AUGGCGUGGCCGUCGUCGGAAACGAUGCCGUAUCGCGGAUGGAGCGAGCGGCACGUGAGGAACGCGAAGGGGAAGAUCGAGGCUCGUUAUUAUCUGGAGAGGAGAGACGGAGGAGGUGUAGAUCUGGCUGUUGUGGGGAGGUUAAAGAGCUCUUCUUCUUCUUCUAAGCGCAUGUCGUUUAGGUACGCCUCGAAAAGGAAUCGCUCCGUCUUGAAGAAGCUUGGCUCCGUUGAAGACGUCAAGGAUUGGCUCGAUUCCAUUGUUUCGGGUGAGAUGCCUCAUGUAGCAGAUGUACCGGCUACUACCAUGACUGAACAAGCUGCUGGAGGAUUCAAUAUUAGCACUUUUAUGAGUGGUAAAUAUCAGAAGCCUAAUCAUCCGACCAUUGAUUUCUCCUGGAUGGGUUCUUCUUGGACUUGCAGGAAACGGCGUAGGCAUUAUCCUUCUUUUUCCCGGAAUGGUGUCAGUGUCUCGGUAAAUGAUUUUGUCUAUGUUUUAGCGGAGCAAAACAAGAGACUCGUCGCGUACUUGGAAGACCUUUAUGAGGAUUCCAAAGGCAACAAGAUGGUCGUGGUACGAUGGUUUCACAAAACUGAUGAAGUUGGUGUUGAUUUGUCUGAUGAAACUGAUGACAGAGAGAUUUUCUUUUCUCUUUGUCUUCAAGAUAUCAAAAUCGAGUGCAUUGAUGGAUUGGCUACUGUCCUUAGUCCUCAGCAUCAUGAGAAAUUUCUCAAGUUGCCAAUGUCUGUUCAGCUACUACCUUUCUUCUGCCAGAAAAUAUAUGGAGAUAAUGGUAUAGAGCCUUAUGACAUCACGCAGUUACAGGGUUACUGGAAGCAAGAAAUGCUUAGAUACUUGAAUUUUUCCAGUUCUAAGUCUGGUGAAGGUGUUCAGGCACUUGUCGCCGACCCAGGAGCAGGAGCUUCUCUGGGUGGUUGUGUUGGAAUUAGAUCGAAACGGCGGCGUUCUGCAGAUGGCACCGCAGAUGACUGCAAGGCUAGCCCGAAUUCUCUUGACGUGGGUGCUUCAGACGCUCCCAUGUGCAAGGAAGAAAAAAAUGGUUAUUACCUGAAAAAGGGUUCUCUGGUUGAAGUUCUAUCUCAAGAUAGUGGCAUCAGAGGUUGCUGGUUGAGGGCAUUGAUAGUAAAGAAACACAAGGAUAAGGUUAAGGUCCAGUACCAAGACAUUAAGGAUGCAGAUGAUGAAUCUAAAAAGCUAGAGGAGUGGGUUUUGGCUUCUCGGGUUGCUGAUAGUGAUCAUCUUGGUCUUAGAACCACAGGACGGAAGAUAGUACGCCCAAUUCUGAAGCCCAGCAACGAAACUAAUGUAGGGGUUGUCGGUGUUGGUAUGCCUGUGGAUGUGUGGUGGUGUGAUGGAUGGUGGGAAGGAAUCGUGGUGGAGAAAGUUUCAGAAGAGAAAUUUGAAGUUUACCUGCCAGGUGAAAAGAAAAUGUCUUCCUUUCAUCGUAGUGAUCUUAGACAGUCAAUGGAGUGGUCGGCAGAUGAGUGGGUACACAUAAAAUCAAGAUCUGAUCUCGUGAGUUGUGUCCUAUCGUUGAUGAAGGAGAAAGAGGUCGAGGUAAAACAUGAUGAGAAGAAGCCAGCUGAAGUUGGUGAUGGUGUGAUGUCACCAAAGGGUGAAGCUAAACCCACCACCAGCUCUCUUCCGGUAGCUACUACAUCCCAUAAGCCAUCUUCUACCAAGAAACCAGUUCCAGAUCUUCUAAAAGACGUCUUAGUCUCUGAAUUAAACUGGGAGCCAUCGAAGAAGAGGAGAAGAACUGCCAGUUACUGUAAACACAAGCCUAGCGCGACUGAAGGUUUGUCAUGUGAAAGAUCCUUGGAUUGUAAGAAGUGCAGCUCCAUGGGAGAUUCUCUGUUUAGCUCAUCCGUUGUUGUUGGCCGGAGGAAGCGUAACCGAAUUGUCAGCUGCUGUCCGCACAAGCCUAGUUUGACUGAUGGUUUCUCGUGUGAAAAGCCCUUGGACUGUGAGAACGGCAAGUUCAUGGGAGACUCUGUGUUUGGCUCCUCGGUUGGGCAGCCUAUGACUGGCCUAGUAAUGUCAAGAUGAUGAGCCAGCUUUGGGGAUUUGGAGUGUGUGUCGUCUUGUGAGGUACAUAUGGGGCAUUUGCUUAAUGCGGUGUUGGGGUUUUAGAUUAUAAAUUGUGACUCGCAAGAUUUUCUUUGGGAUCCAAAUUCGUUUGUGUAUGUGUAACAAGUAGGCUUUAGAGCUUUGGCUGCAAGUUUUGGGUGCAAUAGAAGAGGUAGGUAAUUAUAGCAUUACCUAGCUAGGUGUUUUAGACACUAAACAGUUUUUUUUUUCUUUUCAGAAUUAAUCUUUAUAUUUGUCGUUCUUUUAGCAUUAGAGAAUCAAUUUGUUUUCUUUCUGGUGUGGUGGGGUUUUUUUCUUUUCAUGUAAACUAUGUAUUAUUAAAUAAAACUAAUCUCUUUUAACUUGAGUU